AUGAAUCCUACUCCCAUGGAGAACGCAGACUACAACCUGCAAGAGCCCAUCAUCGCCACGACGGGACUACGGCGAGGACUUACAUCGUAUGGGGAUGCCCACUUCUCGUUAUUCUUGCGCAAGGUCUUCAUCAAAGCCCUGGGAUACUCGGAAGAUGCUCUUUCGCGUCCGAUUAUCGGCAUCAUCAAUACUGGCUCGGGCUUCAAUCCCUGCCACGGUAAUGUGCCUCAACUAAUUGAAGCUGCCAAGCGAGGCAUUCAUCUCCAUGGCGGUAUUGCCAUUGACUUUCCUACUAUUAGUCUCCACGAGAGUUUCUCGCACCCAACUAGCAUGUUUCUGCGGAAUCUCAUGAGCAUGGACACGGAAGAGAUGAUUCGUGCCCAACCUGUUGACGCUUGCAUCAUGAUUGGGGGCUGUGACAAGACAGUUCCAGCUCAAAUCAUGGGCGGAAUUUCUGCGAAUAAGCCAGUCUUGCCUCUUUUGACAGGGCCAAUGAUGCCAGGUAGUCACAGAGGGAAGCGACUCGGAGCUUGUACCGACUGUAGGAAUAACUGGGCAUCCUACCGAGCCGGGCAAAUAGACAUGGAAGAGAUUGGAGCUAUCAACGAAGAGCUAGCACCGACAAUAGGCACCUGCGGAGUGAUGGGGACCGCCAGCACCAUGGCUUGUAUCACGGCAGCAUUAGGUCUGAUUCCUCUGCAAGGCGCUUCUGCUCCCGCUGUGUCUGCUGGAAGGCUUCGGAUCGCGGAGCAGACUGGUGCAAACGCUGUUGCUGCCGCUAUCAAUCAACGAACACCCCAGAAUAUACUUUCGGUGGACUCAUUCUAUAACGCUGCCGUUGUGCUCCAGGCUAUUGGCGGAUCAACGAAUGCCAUGGUACAUCUCAUGGCGAUUAUCAAUCGCCACCCAGCUGUAAGUGGAUCCAUAGAUUUGGCCAUGCUUGACGAAGUUGGUCGCAAGACACCACUUUUGGUCGAUUUGAAGCCCAGUGGCGACAACUAUAUGACGGACUUCCACAACGCUGGUGGCAUGCUUUGUCUUUUGCACCGCUUGCGGCCCUUGCUCCGGGAAUCAGCAAUGACCAUUACGGGAGAGACGUUGGGUGAGGUGCUGGAUAAGAAUCCGUUUCGAGACUUUGCAUUUUCGCGCAGUAUUAUUCGAACGCUCUCUACUCCUCUCCACCCCAGUUCCUCGCUGGUUGUUGUACGGGGCAAUAUCGCACCCAACGGGGCUGUGUGCAAAGCAUCAGCAUCCAAGGACAAACGACUUCUGAAUCACCGAGGACCCGCGGUGGUUUUUGAAAAUUCUCAAGACCUUGCAUUGCGUUUAGAUGAUCCCGAUCUCGCCGUGACUUCGGAUUCGGUGCUCGUCUUGAAAGGAAUCGGUCCGAUUGGGAACCCCGGCAUGCCUGAGGCGGGCUUGAUCCCCAUCCCUCGCAAAUUGGCCGCCCAGGGGGUCACAGACAUGCUUCGAAUAUCGGAUGGACGCAUGUCGGGCACAGCUGGGGGCACUAUCAUUCUACACGUUUCGCCAGAAUCUGCUAUUCCGGACUCGCCCUUUGGUGUCAUUGAGACGGGUGAUAUCAUAGUCUGUGACGUCGAGAAUCGUUUGUUGCGAUUGGAUAUCGGCGACGAGGACUUGCAGCGACGGAUUGCAGAACGUCGCCAGAAGCUUGAAACUGGCACGGAUUCAGCGUGGAAUGCAAGGAGUGCCAGACGGGGAUAUCGUGGUCUCUACGAACGAGAGGUCAAUCAGGCGCAUGAUGGCGCAGAUUUCAGCUUCCUCACCGCGAGGGGGCCGGCUUGA